AUGAAGAGCUCCUCAAUAUCUUCAAGAUUUCCACUGUCAACAAGCUUCCCUCGGCUCACCUACUCAAUUUGCAUCCAAAUUUCCUUUAACACAUUCAUUUCUUAUCAACACCUGUCACCAACUUACUUAGCUUUCACCUCUUCUAUUUCCUUACACACUGACCCCAAACAUAUAAAUAGGCUGUCAAGGACCAAGACUGGUGUAAGGAAAAAGGCUCGCUUGGUAGCCAAGGGAUUCACUCAACAACAAGGAGUGGAUUAUCGUGAAACUUUCUCCCCAGUUGCUAAAAUGGUCACUGUCAAAACUCUUUUAGCUCUAGCUACCAUUAGAGGAUGGCAUCUCCAACAAUUUGACUUCAACAAUGCUUUCCUUCAUGGAGAACUUAAUGAGGAAAUUUAUAUGAAACGGCCUCCUGGAUACAAUAAAGGAAAAUCUGGCCAGGUUUACAAACUGCUUCGCAGCCUUUAUGGCCUUAAACAGGCUUCUAGGCAAUGGUAUUCAAAAUUCUCUACUUUUCUUAUCUCUUUUGGCUUCAUUCAGUCCAAAUUGGAUUAUAGUUUAUUCACCUGGUCUGAUGGUGAACAUUUCACUGCCCUACUGGUAUAUGUUGACGACAUUGCUGUGGCUAGCAAUUCCCUUGAUUCAAUCAAUAUGAUCAAAGAAUUUUUAAACCAACAUUUCAAAAUUAAAGAUCUUGAAAAUUUACGAUACUUUCUUGGCAUUGAAGUAGCCAGGUCUCCACUUGGCAUUCACCUUUGUCAACGCAAAUACACUUUAGACAUUCUGGCAGACUCAGGUAUACUAGGAUCAAAACCUACCAAAAUUCCUAUAGAACAAAAUCAAGGACUCAGCAAAGACUCUGGCCUUCCUUUACCUGAUCCCAGUGUUUAUCGAAGACUCAUUGGCCGACUCUUGUACCUUACCAUAACCAGACCAGACAUCAGUUAUAGUGUUCAAACUCUCAGCCAGUUUAUGGCUCACCCUUCCACCAUUCACCUAGCUGUUGCAGACAAAAUUCUCAAAUACCUUAAACGUGCUCCUGGACAAGGUAUUAUUCUUUCUUCAUCAUCUUCCCUUAGUCUCCAAGGAUACUGUGAUUCAGAUUGGGCAUCUUGCCCAGACACUAGACGAUCUACCACCGGAUUUUGCAUUUUCUUAGGCAACUCUCUCAUUUCUUGGAAAUCAAAGAUGCAAAGUAUUGUCUCUCGCUGUUCAGCUGAAGCAGAAUACCGUGCCAUGUCUACCACUUGUUCAAAAUUUACUUGGUUAAGGCAACUACUUGUUGAUUUAAAGGUUGAUCACCCAUAA